CUCAAUGCAGCUGUUGUCGGUUCAAUAACAAAAACAUUUUGGCAAUUAUAGGCCAAAGACAAAGAGAAGUGUGAGAGAAGGAGAGAGAGAGAGAGAUACAUAUAUAUAGAAGGAAUCAAACAAAUCAGACUAAAGCAAUUCAAAACAACAAUGAAUCAAACACAAGUGAAUAAUUUCUUAAAAUGCUUCCUGCAAAUUGAUGAGCCCGUUAACCACUUGGCAGCACGUCACGAUGAUCACGACGAUGAUGACGAUCACGAUCAUGAUCAUGAUCAUGAUCACGAUCACGACGAGUCUGGUUCUCUGUUGAUGGCUAAAGUAACCGCCAUGGUGGUGCUUUGUUGCGCCAGCGCUCUCUGCGGCUCCAUUCCGUUCCUGCUAAACCGAUUCUACCAUUGGACUGAGAACCAGACUAAUGCUCGCUCGGCGACUGUGGUUAAGUGUUUGUUGUACUUUGGCGGCGGAGUUCUCCUAGCAACCACAUUCCUCCAUCUGCUGCCCGAGGUUCAGGAGGUGGUCGAGCAGCUACAGGAGUGCGAGCUUAUUCCCGAGCUAACUUUCCCGCUUGCUGAACUGCUGAUGUGCUGCGGUUUCUUUCUCAUGUAUUUCAUCGAGGAGGCAAUGCAUAGCUACAUGCAUAGGAAUCAGCAGGACAAUGCUGGCGCUGCAUUUGAGCGCGGUCACAGCAUUCGCCAUAGUCAUUUGGUGAAAUCAACCGCUACUGCACCUGGGCAGACCACGAAUGCAGCUGAGUUGGCUGCACCAGUGGCAAAUGCCUCGCUCUCUGUGCAGGAUCUCAUGCAAAAUGAUUUGGAACAGCAAAAGUAUGGUGCAGUUCACCAUCAGCAGCACAGUCACAAUCACAGCCAUGCCCACAAUCAUGGCCAUAGCCACAAUCACAUGGUUAUUGCAGACGCCUCAGACGACAUUCUCGCCUCGUCCCUACGUGGACUCUUCAUCGUGUUGGCGCUUUCGUUGCACGAACUCUUUGAGGGCAUGGCCAUCGGCCUGGAGAGCUCCGCCAAUUCGGUGUGGUUCAUGUUUGGUGCAGUCUCGGCCCACAAGCUGGUACUCGCAUUUUGUGUGGGCGUUGAGCUGAUUGUGGCACGAACCCGUCUCAGCCUCGCUGUUCUAUAUGUGCUAACAUUUGCCGUGGUCAGUCCUUUGGGCAUUGGGCUGGGCAUUCUGAUUAGUCAUGGUCAGAGUGGAGGCGGACCCAAUUUGAUAUCAGCCAUACUGCAAGGCUUCGCCUGCGGCACUCUCAUUUACGUCGUGUUCUUCGAGAUACUAUCAAAGAAUCGCUCCGGUCUACGGGCUUAUCUGGCGCUCUUUGUCGGAUUUGUGAUUAUGUUCGGAUUGCAACAGCUCGGUGCAAGCGGAGGUCACGGACAUAGUCACAGCAGCUGUUCCUCAACAGAUGCUCACGAUCAUCAUCACACUGAGAGUGAAUCCAGCACAGACCACCACGCACAUCACAGUGAGGCUGAGCAGCUGGUUGCUGCCCAUAAGUAUCAGGAGAAACUGCAGGUGUUGCGCCAAGUGACCCAAAAGCUGCUAGAGGCCCAUCCCAAGCAUAAAUGAUUGAAUUGCCCAUGAUGAAUAUGAAUAUACUUCAUUAGUUUCAACUGUUAAGCAGAGAUUGUACAUUAAUACUGUAAAAUUAUUUAUCUAUGUAGGUAGCAAUCAAAUUGUAUAUAAUUCAAAUUAAAAUUUUGUUCUUACAUUAAUAUUAUUUAA